AUGGGUUUAAAGUUGAGAGACCACCUUGGAAUAUCCUUCUCGGAGAAAAAAGAUGAACAGAAAAUUGGUAAGUACCGUAAUUUUAUUGCACAUGUGAAGAAAACUACGGAAAGCUGAUUAGAUAUCAACUGAAUGGGCGUUUUAUACAGGAUUUUUUACCCACAGCCUUAAAGGAGCCACUCACGAGCUGAAUGCUUUCAGUCGCCACACUUUAAACGUAAUUCUCACUUACUCUAACUUGAAGUAUUUUCAUAGCUAAGUUUUCCACUUCAUUUAGACGCUAUAUAACAAUCAAAAUAACUCAUAAUUGAAAAUAACUCAUAAUUGCACGGGUGUAAAGUCACUUACUUAUUGAUCUAUGCGUUAUAGCAAUUUUCUUUCUUUUUUUUUUUUUCAGCAAGCGUUCACUUACGUCGGGGGUCUUUAUUUGAUUAUCAUUUUGUUUGUUUGGUUCUCUAUACCCAUUUAUUGGGUCUGUGGGCUAAAACUCGUUUGCACUUAAUUGCUGCUCAAAAGUUUUAAUAUCUAAAAACUAACCAAGUCAGCUGCCAAGUGUCUUCGGACAGCGCUGUUGUACCUACAAGUUCUCGCCUUCGUUUACGCUUGUAAGGUAUGUGAAGCGCUCUUAUAAUGAUGCUAUUAUAAGUCGAUAUCUGUGAGCGCACACGCCGCUCGUGGCUUCAAGUAGAUUAGUUUUAAAAACCCUACCACGCAAUACUUUCUGAUGCUAUACAAAACAUGUCGGCAAGGAAAAGUGAUGAGAAAACCACAGAUUUAAAAAAGUGUCAUUUAACCUAAUGCACGGCCUUCACAAAAUAAGAGUAAGUCGGUAUAAAGAUAAAUAAGCCAUUUUAUUAUCCAAAAACCGCCGAGAUACACAACUUAGCCUAAAAAUAAUAGCCGAUCGUUAUCAGAUACGGGCGUAAAACUCAUCAGAAGACAUCCUGACGCUGAUUUAAAUAAAGAUAUCAGUUUUAAAUAGGGCUAGUUUUUACCCUGAACGGUUGUGGUACCACGUCAGUCGGGGAGUUGACGAAAUCGGAAAUUGUUCAUGGUACGAGGAGAGUUAAAUUUCCUUUCAAUCCUGUUUACAAACGCAAGUGCUUUCCAAGUCGUUGGUGGGUUCUUUUUCGAAGUGAAAUGUGUGAGUUCCACACUUAGUACAAAAAAAAAGUGUUUUAAUGUGAUUAUCGGCGUAAGUAGCAGAUGGGUCAGUUAUUUAUGGCCACAAAGAAAAAACAAAUUCGAAUCUUUAUUCUUCUUGUAAUUCACGCACCAUCACCAAAGCAAGAACAAACAUAAUUCAGUAAUGAAAUAAAGCCCCAGCAAGGUAGACUUCUAUCGAUUUUAGCUCCUGUUUUAAUGCAUGGUGCUUUUCUUUGCCGUUACUAUCGUUUCUCUAUCGGGAAUUUGAUCCCGUUAUUUACGGAAUUUUUAUAUUUAAUAAUAAUAAUAAUAAUCAUAAUAAUGAAAAGAAGAAGAAGAAGAAGAAGAAGAAGAAGAAGAAGAAGAAGAAGAAGAAGAAGGAGGAGGAGGAGGAGGAGGAGGAGGAGGAGGAGGAGGAGGAGGAGAAGAAGAAGAAGAAGAAGAAGAAGAAGAAGAAGAAGAAGAAGAAGAAGAAGAAGAAGAGGUUUAGGCUCGAUUACCAGCCGCUUGUGGAAAAUGAGCCCACACUCAUUCCCUCGGGGGGAGAGGAGGUCAGGGGCAGCUUAUACACCAGGAUAAAGCCAAUAAUUUCAAUCCUUCCACGUCAUAAAUCAUUGGUUUCUACUUCGUAGACGCAUUCCUCACGAUGCGUUAGGUACGUGUGGCAAUCUACUUGUAGAGGACCGAGCUUUAAAACAAUCGUGCCUUGUGGUAGGUAUUUAAACAACUUUAUCUAGAUUUAAUCACAUUGAUAAAAUCCCAUUCGUAAGCGACGCUUAACGGGUUAUUUAAGGUGAUUCCCUGGUUUUGCACUGCGCAUCUCUUACUGCGCAUAACAAGAUGGCCUCCGUAAAAAAGAGCAUGUGAAGUAACAUUACUAAAAUGAAGCUGACCGAAGAGAAACGCUAUUGCAAUUUUUGCUCGCGGUUGUUUCUUGUCGAGGUGAGACUCAGUGUGGUGGGAAUGUGCAUAACGUAAGCAGUACGCGUGAUGCUGAGUUCGACUUCCUCACGGAGAACCUCGUUAGUGGAUGUUUAAUUUGUGCUUAUUCACUUUGAUUUUCAUUUAAACGCUUUCUUUAUCACAUUGUGUCCUAAAUGUGAUAUCUCGAUGUAAAUUCUGUAAAAACGGAUUUUUUAGUACUUUCUUCCCCUUUUCGCAUACAUUCUAAUUGAAACUCGCCCCAGUCCUCUCUCAAAAAUCAAGGAAAAUGCAUUUGGUGCGCACUUUCUGCAGCUCUACCGCAAAAACGAGUACGGUGACCCCCAUUUUUUAUUUCAUGAUUUUAAUAAGGACAGUGCUUCCUUUCGGUGAGAAAAAAAUUGGCACAAAUCUAUGUUCAGUUUUUUGGCAAUUUUACUAAAUUGUACGGAUUGAGCUAUCACGUGUCGAAUAGCGCGUGUCCAAUUUAAUUCUACUUUGGAGCGUAAAGUAAAAACAAGGGCAUUAAAAGGCAUUUUUCUAGUACGUAAGUGGAUAAACAAUACAUUAAAGUCAAAUUCUGUGCGAUACCAUAUGCAUCAUUGAAAAAAUCUUUCCUUUUUGUCUAGUUUUGGGCUGCGAGCGGUUUUUGUCAAAGGGUCCAAAAUAGCCGUAUUUGUCGGCAUUGUGACGUCAAAACGAGCACGGUGACCCCCACUUUUUAUUACCUUUUUAUCAUCUUCUUGACUUAUUGCACCAGUGUACCAAGUUUCAUCUAAAAUCUAUGUUAGGUUCUUUUACUAGGGAAUCACCUUAAGGCGUUACUUCAAUGUCUUAUUAGUCAAGGCAGCUGGCUCAGUUCUGUUGGAUAUAUUUACGAGGGUCUGGACCACACACCCUCCCCACUAGGUCUACCAUUCAAUGAAACCAUCACAUUGUGAACACAUUGUUUCACAGCAAUAAAUAUUAUGGACACAAUUUCCACUCAGUGAGUUUGGAUCGAGGAACUUGUAAAUGGUAAGUGUUAAUUGGUCAGGGUAAAUUGUAAUUUGUUUACCCAGGUAGCACUUAGGAAUUCUGAAGAACUCGUUAAAACAUGUCCAUGCGUUCCACAUCAACAAACUGAACCCAAAUAUUGCAUUCAAUGUGAGGAUUCAAACCCAGGCCACUUGGUGGAAGGCAAGUGCUCUAACCGCUGCACCACCCUUGCCCUCCUUGCUCCCCUUAUCUAUGUAUCAUAAAUGACUAAAAUACUUUGAUGCUGCCUCAGUAGGGAGUAGAAACAAAAGACUUUGAUGCUGCCUCAGUAGGGAGUAGAAACAAAAGACUUUUUUGCUGCCUCAGUAGGGAGUAGAAACAAAAUACUUUGAUGCUGCCUCAGUAGGGAGUGGAAACAAAAGACUUUGAUGCUGCCUCAGUAGGGAGUAGAAACAAAAGACUUUUUUGCUGCCUCAGUAGGGAGUAGAAACAAAAUACUUUGAUGCUGCCUCAGUAGGGAGUAGAAACAAAAUACUUUGAUGCUGCCUCAGUAGGGAGUAGAAACAAAAUACUUUGAUGCUGCCUCAAUAGGGAGUAGAAACAAAAGACUUUUUUGCUGCCUCAGUAGGGAGUAGAAACAAAAGACUUUGAUGCUGCCUCAGUAGGGAGUAGAAACAAAAGACUUUGAUGCUGCCUCAGUAGGGAGUAGAAACAAAAUACUUUGAUGCUGCCUCAGUAGGGAGUAGAAACAAAAGACUUUGAUGCUGCCUCAGUAGGGAGUAGAAACAAAAGACUUUGAUGCUGCCUCAGUAGGGAGUAGAAACAAAAUACUUUGAUGCUGCCUCAGUAGGGAGUGGAAACAAAAGACUCUGAUACUACCUCAGCAGGGAGGAGAAACAAAAUUUUUUACGUUUUACAAAUUUUUAUACUCUUGUUUAGCACUGAAUAUCAUAUGAUUUUUUCAAUAGACAAUCAUUUGACUUAAUCUAUCGCCAUCAAUCGGUAAAAAAAAUCCAUUAUUAAUGUAUUAUUACUCGUCCGCUCACUAAAUGAAAUGCCACUCCUGUCGUACCUCCAUUGUUUGUUCUUAUUCUGGUUAGACAUUAUUUUGUUGUCCUUUCACUGCAGAGGGAUGGGACAUAAUGAUGGCCCUUAUGAAUCUUAUGCCGAUAAUGAAGGUCCUGCUAGGUCCUUACACAUAUUGGCUCAGUUGCGCCCCUUUAACAAACAUGUCACUGGAUGUUUAA